CAGCAAUAUGGGCAAACAGAAAGCUGUCAUCUACAAAGUGGCUUUUGUGAUUGUCAUUGUCAUCUUGAGUAUCGUUAUAAUAGUUCUAGCAGUAAAAAUACAUCAACAGCAGAGCCACGAAUCGGUUUCGCCUAUACCAGAUUGUUCGCCAUGCCCUUCCGACUGGCCUCAAUACGGAGGGAUUUGCUACUAUUUUUCUACUGGAGAAAGGAAUUGGACGAGCGCACAGGACUUCUGCUCUUCACAUAAUGCCUCCCUGACUCGGAUUGAAAACAAGUAUUUUGUGAUGCGCUACAGGGGCAAACUGCUCUAUUGGAUUGGCCUCACAAGAAAAGACUCAGGACAGCCCUGGAAAUGGUUGAACGGAGACCCUGCAACGCUGGAAGUCCUUGGAGAAGGAGGAAACUGUGCAUAUUUAAGUGAUGAACAGGAAGUCAAAGCCAGUGUCUCAAGAUGUUCCACAGAACAUCAUUGGAUCUGUAGCAGACCCGUAGUCAUGAUGCCAUCUCUAGGGGGUUGGGUGUAGCCUCUGAGAAGAAGCUCUGUGUGUUUACCUUUUGCUUCUGCAGCUGCUAUCUUUUUGCUGGCCUUGCAGAAGAUUUCCCAGCCUGGAUUUUUCAGCCUGUAGCUUAACUGAAACUUUGGUUCACAUGGGAGAUGGGGCUAUCCACAUCAUAUUAUCAAGAGUUUGGGCGCCCCAUGGAAGAGAAAGUUUGGGCGCCCUUUCACCCUUUAGUAACUGUGCAGCUGUGGAAAGGUCUAUAUGGGAACCACAAAACGCAUCAUUCAGAUUCAUAUUAAGGAGCACGAAAGAUACUGUUGGCUUAACCAUCCUGAAAAAUCUGCAGUCAAAACUGGUCCAAGAUGCUUCGAGGUUAUUUAAAAACACAGUCUUAAAAGCUCAGCUGCAAUGUGUUCCACAGGUUAACAAGGGAGGUUGAGGAAAUUAUUAGGAAAAAAAAAGAUGUCUUU